UUUGCCUUGCCUUCUCGAAGUCAAUAGGUGUGCUUGGUAGCUGUGCGUGCGAGUUUGCUGAAAAAUCAAUAUCAAGUGGAGACUCGAGAAGGAUUGUGUAGUUCAUUGAUCGACUUGCCUGUUCCAGAACUCCAGACGUACUCCACGAUGGCCUCUCAGAAAAUGAAGGCGGCUAAGUGCCCGUCCGACGAGUUGUCACUCUCCAAUUAUGCGAUUGCCAAUAGAGACGACUUCCCAAAUGAAGUGCAACACGUCAUCGUAACAACGGCGCCAGGGCAGUCUUUUAUUUUCUCUUUGAAGUUUGACAAGGUUCAAAGGGGAACAAUUGGUUUCAACCUUCCGCAGAGGAAAUGGGCCACGCUGUCCCUGAAUCAAGACAUCGAAGUGCGACCACAUUUCUUUGACCCGAAGUCACCUACCGAGUUCCUCUCAACAAUAGUUGUUGAAGUCGACUUUCUACAAAAGAAGCAAGCUACGCAGUCUCCCUUCGAUUCUGAUGAAAUGGCCAAGGAGUUUAUGUGUCAGUUUGCUGGUUUGGCGCUGACAGUGGGUCAACCGUUGGUGUUCGCCUUCAACACUGACAAACCGCUGUUGACGGUCUCUGUGAAAUCUCUAGAGUCUGUCGACCCGAACGCCAUGAUGUCAGGUUCCACAGUUAAACCACAAAAGACCAAGAUGGGCCUCUGCAGAGGCAACACCCUUGUCCAAUUCGAAAAGGCAGAGCAGUCUGGCAUUAAUCUCACUGGCAAAGCUAAAGGAGUGCAACCCCGCCAGUCAAUCAUCAAUCCAGACUGGGACUUCCAGAAAAUGGGCAUUGGUGGUCUGGACAAGGAAUUCAACGCAAUUUUCCGCCGAGCAUUCGCUUCAAGGGUGUUCCCCCCUGAAGUGGUGGAGCAACUUGGCCUCAAGCACGUCAAGGGAAUCUUACUUUUCGGCCCUCCUGGCACUGGCAAGACCUUGAUGGCUCGCCAGAUUGGUAACAUGCUGAACGCGCGAGAGCCCAAAAUUGUCAACGGCCCACAGAUCCUGGACAAGUAUGUUGGCGAGUCAGAGGCCAACAUCAGGAGACUCUUUGCUGACGCCGAGGAAGAGGAGAAGCGACUGGGCCCAAACAGUGGUCUUCAUAUCAUCAUCUUUGACGAGAUUGACGCCAUCUGCAAGGCUCGAGGUUCAGUCGCAGGAGCUACUGGAGUACACGACACAGUGGUAAACCAACUUCUGGCCAAGAUCGACGGUGUAGAACAGCUCAACAAUAUUUUGGUGAUUGGCAUGACCAACCGCAAGGACAUGAUUGACGACGCUCUGAUGCGACCUGGACGCCUUGAGGUGCAGAUGGAAAUUAGCUUACCUGACGAGCAUGGCCGAGUGCAAAUUCUCAACAUCCACACCGCCCGCAUGAGAGAGUUCAAAAAGCUUGACCCUGAUGUUGACCCCAAGGAGCUCGCGACUUUGACCAAGAACUUCAGUGGUGCUGAGUUGGAGGGCCUUGUAAGGGCGGCGCAGUCAACCGCUAUGAACCGUCUGAUCAAGGCAGCCUCCAAAGUUGAAGUGGACCCCUCUGCUAUGGAAAAACUACUUGUCUCUCGAUCGGAUUUCCUACACGCCCUUGAAAACGAUGUUAAACCAGCUUUCGGAACAAGCGCCGAAGCGUUGGAUCACUUGUUGGGGCGUGGUGUGUUGGUAUGGGGCAAGCCGGUGUCCUCACUGCUGGAGGAUGGCCAGUUGCUGAUCCAGCAGGCUAAACUUGCUGAAAAUACGGGUCUCGUGUCUGUGCUAAUCGAGGGUCCGCCAAACUCUGGCAAGACGGCCCUUGCUUCCAAGCUGGCCAAGAUGUCUGAUUUCCCGUUUGUGAAGGUGUGCUCUCCAGAGGAUAUGGUUGGCUUCACAGAAUCGGCUAAGUGCCUCUCCAUUAGAAAGAUCUUUGACGACGCAUACAGGUCAGUGCUUAGCUGUGUGUUGGUGGACAACAUUGAGCGUCUGCUGGACUACGGCCCCAUCGGUCCAAGAUACUCUAACCUGACUCUGCAAGCCUUGUUGGUUCUGCUGAAAAAGGAACCACCAAAAGGCCGCAAGCUGUUGGUCAUCUGCACUAGCAGCCGUCGCCAGGUGCUCGAGGAGAUGGAAAUGUUGUCCGCGUUCACAGCAGUCAUGCAUGUGCCCAACUUGUCAACGCCUGAGCAUUUGUUGACUGUUUUAAAAGAAUCUAACGCCUUUUCCCAGCAUGACCUCGCCAACAUCGCCAAAAACGUGAAAGGCCACAAGGUGUUCAUUGGAGUGAAGAAGCUGCUCGCACUGAUUGACAUGGCCAAGCAGACACCUGAGAACAUGCGAGUGGUCAAGUUCCUGACCAAGCUGGAGGAGGAGGGUGGUCUCAUCACGCCCACCUCAAUGCAGUGAGCCCUCCUCUGGGAUAGCCACCCCAUAGCCAUCAGAGGGUUGUCGCACCCACAUACCAUUUCCAAGCAAGUCAAGUUUUGACCUACAUAUAAAAUUGAUCUCAUUUUAUUAUAUAUAUCAACUCGAUUCAUCAAUUAAUUUAAUGGGUCAAAGAAAAAUUGCUAUCUUGGGUAGCUCAACUAAUGCGGGGACCCAUGAGCCGCCCUAUUUCCUCCAAUCUCCAUUCCAUUUUUCUUAGUAGCAUUCCCAGCGCUAGGGAGAUAUAUGCACAAUAGCCAGUGAUUUGUAUAUAUUUUUAGGAGCAUGCAACCCUCUGGCUCAUAUCGACUCUAGUCAUUAAGUUUAGUACUAAACGCGCUUUGUGCGAUCAAACCCCGAAGAAAAUACCUUGGCCUGAUGUUUGUCUCUAUGAAAGAGUUAAGUUUUGUUUUAUCUUGUAAAUGUGGAUGAAAUGAGCAAUAAUAAGGUCAAUUGAAAGCUUAGCCAAAAAAUUUGAAGUUUGAUCGCGCACUUUGGUUCUUGUAUAGAAGGCAUCAUUAUUACCUUUAAACUCACACCUACGUGAAAAGAUGAAAAGAUUGUUGCUAAAAAUAUGUAUUGCAUGAAAAAGAUUAAAAUUGACUAAGAAGAUAUAUCGUGUCUCCCUAACUCUUGUUGUCGUCGAUAUGCAGAAAAUUACAGUCAAGUAAAAAUAGCUGGACUAGCGGAUUUGAAGACAAAGAAAAUUGUUUUAUUAUUUAAUAUUAUUGCGUAUUAAUUUGUUCAAAAUGAUAGUUUUGAAGACUCAAGCAAUUCUCUGUUUUGUAAAUAUCUGAAUAUUGUACAUGUAAUUUAUUGAUAUUGUUGCUAGUUUGUAAAUACAAUAAUGUAUAAUGGACGUUCAAAAGAUGAUAUAUCAAUAAAAUGUUAAUCUAAAAUAAAC